UUCCUAUUUCGACAAAUGUACUGUCCGUACACGCAUCAUCGCCGACUGCAUCAUGAUCAUUGCGCGAUCGGAAGAUGCUUUCUCUUCGUUUUCGUCUUACAAACUCCUUCGGAUACAUUCAACGUUUUUUUUCCAGCGAUCACCUAAAGAUCCACAUGAAGACGCACGACACGCAGAAGCCUUACCAAUGCACAGCUUGCUCGAGGGGUUACAACACAGCUGCGGCACUAACAUCGCACAUGCAGUCCCACAAGAAGCAUCAUCAAUCGUCCUCUCAGUCAACUGGCGGCAAGCUUCACGACGUCGACUACGGCAGACGGAGCGUCUCGUCGCACAGCACGUCGUCGCCACCGGUGCCGAGUUCGCCGUCGCCGUCCCUGAAUCUGGGCCUGAAUCCAAGGCCGAAUGCUCUGAAAACUUCUCAGAGCACCUGCAGCGCUUCCACCACGCCCGUUCUGAGCUCCCCCUUGAAGCUGACCUGCAUGUACUGCACCAAAGACUCGUUCAGUUGUAUGCAGCAAUUGCAGAUGCACGUGCAUUCGAUGCAUCAGGCGAUACUAAGCGGCGAGAGUCUGGUUGUACCACCGUCACCCAGCGGGACGAAUGAGCAGAUUACCCCAGGUUCGCGCGACAAGUCGUUGGCGGACCGGCAGGUGGACGGCUUGUCGUCAAAGGACUCGCGCGAUCGGAAAUAUCCGGAGGAUCGCGAGAGACCCGGUGAAAGGGACCACUACGAGAACGCGUUCACGUGCAAUCAGUGCACCAUGAAGUUCUCCACGCUGGGCUGCCUGCGCGAUCACUUGCUGUCGAUACACCGACUCGGUGCGUUCGGCGCGGCGAUGAUGAUGUGCCCAUUGUGCGGCAUCCCGUGCUCGUCCGCAGCCUCCUAUGCCGAGCACUACGUUCUCCAGCACUGCGAGAAUCGUCGGAUCGCGCCGACAGCCGCGAUCGAGUACGGCGAGCCGAAGGUGAAUGGCGUCUACGACGGCGUCACGAGAGACACGAGAUUGCAAAGGAGCACGGACGUGCAGCCGGAAGCAGCGGAUCUUACAAACAAACACUCCGUCAGACCCACCACCACCACUACCACCAUCACUACCACCACCACCACCACCACCACCACCACUACCACCACAAACGACGCCGGGGGCGGCGGCGGCUACACCGCCGGUACCCUUCUGUGCGGUCAAUGCGGCGCCGCUUUGAAGGACUUCGAGUCGUUCCGGGAACAUCUGGCACGACACCUGCAAGCUGAUCAUCGUAACGAAGUGUCCAGGCACCCAUGCUCCAAGUGCGAGGCGACCUUCCCGGACCGCGAGGAUAUGCUGAAUCAUCUGAUUAAGCAUUACCUGGGCCAAGUCAGCAAGGAGUACGCCUGCGGCGCCUGCAAGAAGCUCUACCCGCAUCCCGACCUCCUUCAGAGGCACCUGCUGGAUAGUCACGCGCACCAUUUGUACCGAUGCGCUCUGUGCCGGGACACGUUCGACUCCCGGGUGGCGAUCCAGUUGCACUUUGCUGUGAAACACAGCCAGGAAUGCCGGGUCUAUCGGUGCAGCGCGUGCUGCACCUUGUCCAAUAAUGAGAACUCGCCGGGGAACGCGCCCGGCGAGGGCAGGAGCUUCUUCAGGAGCGAGGCCGAGAUGGCGGCGCACGUCCGUAACGUGCACGCGCCGCCCGCCGCCCUGAUCAACAGUAGUCCAGGCUUGGCGAGGAGUCCCGCCUCGACGCCGGGUAUCACCAGCGGCGGCGCCGCGGCACGUUGCGUCUUUUGCGGCGUCUGCUGCAACUCGGAGCUCGAGCUGCAACUUCACCUGGCCAGCCACUCCGCCAGUCUCUACAGGUGUCCUGUCUGCAAGGAGGGAUUCGCGGUGGAGUUUCUGCUGGACAGGCACGUCGCUCAGGCGCACGCGGGGGAUCAUCGUCCGGCUUCAUCGUCCGUCAGGAACAGGGAGAGGGAGAGGGAGAGGGAGAGGGAGAACGGCCGGGUUCAUCGACCGGUCAGAAAUCAGGAGGAGCCGAAAUCUCUCAAGCGAGGCCGCUCGCCAGCGUCUAGCAACAACAACUCCCUGAACCAACGCGACAACAACAACAAGCGACCGAACUUUGGCACUUCCGGCGGUCAACAGUGCGAGCUCUGCGAGCGCGGUGAGUUCGCGAACGAGGCCGAGCUGCAGGCGCACAAGAAACUAGUUCACACGCCCUCCAAGUUGCCCAGCAGCAAGAGCGUAUCCGCCCUGAGCAUGACCUGCGCGUACUGCGGCGAGGUUUGCCGUUCCCGUAGCGAACUGGAGUCGCACACCAGGAUCCAGCACGCGUCCAACGAACCGGGUGGACGUCACAAGUGCAACAUCUGCGACGAGGUGUGCCCGUCCGGGGCGACCUUAGCCGAACACAAACUCCAGAAGCACUGCAAGAUCCAGUUGAGCGACAUCUGCGUGGUGUGUCGCGGUCGCCUCGCCUCGGAGAGCCAGUUCCUGGAACACGUGCAGAGGCACAGCCUAGAGAACGUGGAUCCGCAGCAACGGCUGGACAAUUCGCUGCCUCAUUUGCCGGCGCCGUGCGUGAUCUGCCGGCAGACGCUGAUCAGCGACCUGGAGUGCCGUCUGCACGCCAGGCAUCACCUGAGGACGUCGUCAGGAUCGCACAGCGACGGAUCCAGCCCGGCGAGUCCCGCCGCUAAGGCCGCUCAGAGCCCAGGUUGCUGCUUCUGCUUGCGGGAUUUCGCGGCGGACGACUUUGUCAGCUUGCCGCCCAAUCAUGCCAGCGCGGGUGGACAGCCGCUCAGAGUCUGCAAAUCCUGUUACGUGCGACACUCUCAAGGACUUCCUAUCCUGAAUUCCACGUACGAGCAGCGAGCCAAGUACGAAGCGGCAUGGCUCGCUCAGAACAAGGACGCUCAGUGGGACAGUUCCCACAAGGACAAGUGGGAGAACGGAAGGGGCCUCAAGGCGGAGGAUCGACCGAGGAAGGAAAGAAAUGCGGAUAACAACAAGCGCUGCGAAGAGUGCGGGGUCAAAUUUGAGGAUCCUGAGGAGGCGGAGAAGCACAGGAUAGCCGAGCACCGCGAGAAGGUGCCCUUUGCGACCGAAGCCAAGGUUCAACAACAUGUAAGGAAGGAGCACCUCUGCGACACUUCUGCGAAAUCCUCGUUGGAAGCUUUGCGGUGUCAUUUGUGUUUAUUCGAGGCCGCGAGCCCUUUGCAGUUGCAAAGUCACCUGAUAGAACACACGUUUGCCGGAUGCCCUGCCUUUAACUGCUACAUCUGCCAGGCGCUUUUUACAGCUCCUGUUGGCCUUCAGAAUCACAUGGUGCAAGAGCACGGCCUCGGUGCGCGACCGUACGAUUGUUCCAAAUGCACGCUCAAAUUCUUCUUCACGACGGAGCUGGACCAUCACGUCCUGACCUUUCAUCGUCCAGGGGAGAACCCUUCGCCGUCCGAGAACGCACGCGACACGAAGGAUGCUGAGGCUGAGACGCGCAACUGCGACGGCAAUGUAGCGGUGAAGGAGGAAGUGGUGCAGGUUGACGAGGAAGAGGAGGAAGAGGAAGAGGAGGAGGAAGAAGUGAACGUGGACGUGGAUCGGGUAGGACAGGAGAAACGCGAAAAGGGUGCCUCCGGACAAAAUGAACAGAAACUGAAGACGGAAGUCGACAGCGAGACGACCAAAACAGAGUCGUGACUUGCUUCAACGAUCGAGUUAUCGACAGUUAUCGAUAUUAUAUUUCGUUCUGACCUAGGCUUAAUACAUUCUUGGGAAUUUGUUGGAUAAAUUAUUAGAUUUGUUAUCGCGCGCGCUUCUUCUCCGAUCUCCCCUUUCUUCCCUCUCCCUCCCCCCCCCUCUCUCUCUCUCUCUCUCUCUCUCUCGCAGUACAACGCCGCGCUACGUUCACGCACACGGGGAUACGGAUAUUGUAUAUAGAUAUUUUUCCUUUUCUUUUAUUUUUUUUACGGCGGCUUACAGAGAGCACGACCACACUCUCACUC